AUGACCGACAGCGGCGGCUUCGUUAAAGUCCCCAGCGAUGAGGAAGAAGAGCGCAUGCGAAAGGCAGCCGAGGAAUCUCAGCGCAAGCGCGAGGCUGCCAGAAAGAAGCGGGAGAUGGAUGAGGCAAUGAAGAAAGCAGGAGAGAAUUCUCAGCAGCGCAGGGGUGGCGGAGGUAGUGCCACUACCAAUUAA